AAACACUUUAUAGGCUACAUUAACAAAACCGUGUUAUACAUUGUUUUUUACAUAACUACACACUGUUUAGCGAGUAUGUGUGUGUGUGUGUGUGUGUGUGUGUGUGUGUGUGUGUGUGUGAACUAAAGGAGGAUCUAACUGUCGGGGGAGGAUUCAGACAUUAGAUUAACAGUCAGAAUGUAUUUGGUGGACAGUAUUAUUACUUUAGACACUUAAAGAAAAUGAUUCACACAUUUGUUUUGUUCUGUUUGUUCUUCUGGCAUCUGAUUGGUGUGUUUAGUGAAUCAGUGUCAGUGACGGAGGGAGAUUCAGUCACUCUAAACACUGAUCUUACUGAAAUACCUGAAGAAGAUGAGAUAGUGUGGAAAUAUGGAGCUGAAAACUCUCUGAUAGCUGAAAUCAGGAGAGCUGCUGGAAUCUUUUCCACAUUUGAUGUUCCUGACGGUAGAUUCAGAGACAGACUGAAGCUGGACAGACAGACUGCAUCUCUGACCAUCACAAACAUCACAACUCAACACGCUGGAGAAUAUAAACUAGAGCUGCGUCGAGCAAAACUAUCAUCACAAACAUAUCAUGUUUCUGUCUAUGCUCGUCUUCCUGUUCCUGUCAUCAGCAGUAACUCUUCACAAUGCUCUUCAUCAUCAUCAUCAUCAUCAUCAUCUUCAUCACAGCAGAAUUGUUCAUUGUUGUGUUCAGUGGUGAAUGUGGGUCAUGUGACUCUCUCCUGGUACAAAGGAAACAGUUUAUUGUCCAGCAUCAGUGUGUCUGAUCUCAGCAUCAGUCUCUCUCUACCUCUGGAGGUGGAAUAUCAGGAGAAAAACAGCUACAGCUGUGUGAUCAACAAUCCCAUCACAAACCAGACCACACAUCUGGACAUCACUCAACUCUGUAGCAACCAGACUCAACAUCUGAACAUCAGUCAGCUCUGUCACACAUGUGCAGAUUUUCCUAUACUGUCGAUCUCCAUUGCUUCUGCUGGAUCUCUGUUGAUUGUGGCUGCAGUCGUGAUCUUCUACAUCUGCAGGAAAUGUAGAAAAACUGAUCUAGAAGCUGAGACGCAUCCAGAAGAGAUCACUUACGCUGAAACAACGUUCUACAAAAGAGAUGCACAGAAACCAAAAGUUAAAGAGGAUGAAGUGGUGUAUGCAGGUGUCGUCAGAAGAUAAUCAAACGUCUUUAGUCAGUGCAAGAUCCAGCUGUGUGAUCACUUUCACCAGGAGUCUAUAGUUGUGAUUUGGGAUUGGUGAGAAGGACUGCAUCUACCAAGAGUCUGACUGAACAUUAACAUUAAAAAAAGCAUUUUUAUUUUCAGCAAAAAAACUUUAGUUUUGCCCUGUAUGACCAAGAAAACCCAGUGGACUAAAAUGUGUCAUUUAGAUAAAGAUGAAUAAAAUGCUUCGGGAAAAAAAAUGCUUAAAAAAUGUACAUGAGACAAACUUUGCUGUAUGAACUUAAUAUUAAAACUCUGCAAGCACCAAGUGCAAGUAAAAAUCAGCAUUGUCGAGUGUAUAAAACUUAUAGCAUUAUUAAAAACUGAUGGUUUAACAUUUGAAAUCAAAUAAAUUAAGAUGGCCAUACAUAUUAGUAGGUCUAUUGCGAUUUUAAUGUUAUUCUGUAAAUAUGAUCCUUUGCUCUACUACUUUUAGAGACUCCCGGUAGUUUGGGGCUCUAGCAGCUCAGUUUGUAAGUCAUAAAUAAGACCUGCUGUGGUCUGGUAUAUUUCUAUCUCUUCAGAGAUGUGGUUUGAUCUGUUGGAUAGACAAACAGAGUCUUCACAUACAUGAGUCUAUUACUGGACAUGUGUGGUUAACGUCAGUGCAUGUUUGUCUUGAUGUGUCAAUAACGUGUGGUUUAACAAUGUUUUUUCCAUUCUAGACUGAAAUAGCUAUCAGUGCUGGUGUAAAAGAAUAAAUACAAAUAAAAAAAAGACCAUUAAAAUUACUAAUAUUAUUGCUAUUAAAAUAUUAUAUACUUUGAAAGCUGAGAUUUUGUUUCAUAUCAAAAGUAAACUACUCUCUUGUCUGAAAGCACAUUGUCAGUGUCCUCUUUGCUAAGCAAUAUUUUUGGAUUGCAUGAGAAAAGAGAUGUGGCAUGAGAAGAUGAGAAGUGAGAAAAGCUGUAAAAGCGCUGACCCUGCAGAAAAAUAAAUAUAUUGCGAGUCAGUAGUUACUUCUAGAGAAGCAGUAGUCAUUUCUAAGAACAUAUUUUUUGACAUCCCACCAUUAUAUUUAAACAUUGUGUCAAGUUUCUGUCUGUCAAUAUAUUAGUUCCAUUUUACUGUCAUAAAUACAAUGUAUGACUUUCUGUUGUAAUGUUUAAAUUAUCAUGACAUUGAUCAGUGGUUUACACAAUAAAAAAUGUAUUA